UCCACCAUUUUGCUACUCCGUACUUCAAAAUUCCAGUUCCUUUUCUCCAGAACUUCAUCCCCAAUUACCUAACCAAAUCACCGGGAAAAAAACCUAAUUUGUUUAAUCUCGGCCUAAUCUUCGCGCGCUUUCUCUCUCCUGAAUUGGAAAAUGGGGGAUUCGAAGAUUUCAGAGAUGACGUUACCUUCUCUCUUUGAUCAAGCUCGUAAGAUUCACCAAUUGGCCUCUGAUUCAUCCAUUGAUCAGGAGAGUAUACGAAAGGGGUGUGAAAUGUUGGAGAAGUGCGAGGAAAUGAUUAGCAGAUUGGGGCUGUUUUCGACUAAUGAAACUAAAGAGGAUAUUAGCACUGCUAAUCUAAAGUAUAUUAUGGUUCCAUACUACUUAGGAGAGCUGACCGAAAAAGUUUCACAGGAAGAUAGGGUACCGUUACUCAAAGCUUCACAAGCAAAGCUGAAGGAAUUUGUUUCAUUUUGUGAAGCCAUGGAGCUCGUACCUGAAGAAGAGUUGGAAUCUUCUGGGCAAGGUGGCUCUAAUACCUUUGCUGAUAAAAGGGCCAGAAAGAUUGCUCGGUUCAAACGACAAAAGGCUGCAGAGUCAAAGCUACUAGAGAUCAAAGAGCGUAGGGAACGGCGUGGACGUUCAACAAGAGCUGCUGCAUUAUCUACACCAGUUGAGGCAGGAGAGGAAGAUGUGUUGGAUGAUGAUGGAGAGGAAGAGAGAGAGGCAUGGCUUACCACCAUUUCUUUGGCAAUUUGCAAGGUCUUGGAUUUGCUAGAAAUGCUGAAGAAAGAGGAAGAAAUGCUCUCUGCUGUGAAAGAGAGACAGAUGCAGGACGGGGGUAAGGAAUUUACUGAGUCUGUUUUAGAUGAACGGACAAGUAAGGUGGAAGCGUGGCAUCGUGAUUCUGCAGCCCGAGCUCCAUACACAAAACCAGCACAGCCUAUAACAUGUGCUACCUUUGCUAAAGAUGUCCUUGAAGGGAGAGCAAGUGUUUCACAGGGACAUGAACACAAACACCAGCCUCUCUUAUUUGGACCAGCUAGUCUCGUGGGCAGAAAUCUUACAACUGAAAGAGAAAGAAUGGCAGCUCAGGUUUUUCAACCUGGUCAUAGAUUACCGACCAUGAGUAUAGAAGAAGCUGGUGAGACGGAGAUGAACAUGAUGAAUGAAUGGCAGGAGAAUACCAAAAAGUACAUUGAGGAAGCGACUUCCUCAUGGUACAGAGAUCCUAUUAAACCUGGUCCUCCAAAGGAGGAUGAAGAAGAAGAUGAUGAUGAUGAUGCAGUGGACAGAGCCAGAGCAUUUGACGACUGGAAAGACGAUAAUCCUCGUGGUGCAGGAAACUCAAAGCUCACUCCUUGUGGUUAAACAUAUCAGAACAUUUACCUUUCUAUCCUUGAAGAGUACAAUUAUAUAAUCUUAUUAGGAGGUUGCAGGUUGUGUAACAACAAUAGGUGAUAUAGUAUAUCUUUUUAUGGUUGUAUUUGUAGAUCAUGGUUGUUUUCUUUUGUUCAUGGUUAUAUGUGAUGUCUUCCCAAACAUUUGAGUUAGUAUUAGUGCUCCAAUUUUGAUAUUUUUCGGCGUAAAUUAGCAUGUAAUUUUAGGUGAGUUGUGUGACAUUUCACACUAUGAGCCGUACUUUGAAUCUUUGAUAGCUGUACUUUGAUUUUGUCUUGAAAUUAUACUAGUUUUUAAAAGAAAUUCAGAUGGGAUCUGUUGAGACUUGAGAA